GUAUCCAGUAGUCUGUGUUUUCACUCAAUGUAUGGAACAAUCAGAAUUCAAAAAUAAUAAUUUUCACGAUUUUCUUCUACAUUUCAUAAUUAUCAACAAUAAAUUGCUCACAGAAAAAUUACAGUCUGAAUAAACUAUAACUAAUACAUGCACAAUGUCAGUGCGGUGUUAUUACAGAAAAUAAACUUAAAAUUAUUUUUUUACCAAUAAACAGGUGCUCUUUUGCGCGGUAAAUAAAUACAUUGUGUUCGUAAUCUGAGGACACGUGAUAAGUGCGGACGUUCAAUCUCAGUGUUAGAUAGUCGUCUCUAGUAAAACAUGGACAAGAAUUUAUCAGUUUGAGUUGCAGUGUUGGUUAAACAGCGGGACAAUGAGUUCAGCGUUGGACUUUAGUACGGGAUACUUCCCGGAAUAUUUCUACAGUUUAAUCGAAGAAUUAGAUGAACAUCCCUGGCUGUUUUCUGCCCUAGCUUCUAUUCUUGUGGGGCUAAGUGGAAUCCUACCUCUGCUGAUUAUACCCAUAGAUGAAACUGCAUCUUUUCAAGAUGGGGCUGGUGCAGCCACUCUACGGGUUCUGCUCAGCUUCGCGGUGGGCGGUCUGCUGGGGGACGUGUUCCUGCAUCUGCUGCCGGAGGCCUGGCAGAAUGACGUGGCUAAUACGAAAGAGGGCGAGCAUGUGUCGAUGAAAAGCGGUCUGUGGUGCCUGUUCGGAAUGCUGGUCUUCAUAAUAGUAGAAAAACUCUUCGCGACGACUGAGGAGGAAGAGGAGCCCAAAGCCAACGGCGUUCAGACUAUAGAGAUAGAGGAGAUAGAGAAACUGUUGCGCGCGGGGCGGGACGGCGGCGGCGCGGCGUGCGGGGGGAACACGCCCACAUACGACGGCUGCGUGUUCAACAACAACACUAAAGCAGGUGAAGGUUGCUGUGCGGUGGUGGAGGCGCGCUGCGGCGGCACGGGGCGGUGGAUGGGCCGGUGUCUGCUGCGCGAGGCGCGGGAGAAGGCGACGGCUGCUAGUAAAGAUAAACCGGCUAAGAAGGAUGUGGCGGGGUACCUGAACCUGAUGGCGAACUCCAUUGACAACUUCACCCACGGGCUGGCGGUCGGCGGCUCCUUCCUCGUCGGUUUCCGAGUCGGUGUACUCACCACGUUCGCUAUACUAGUCCACGAAAUCCCUCACGAAGUGGGCGACUUCGCGAUCUUACUGAAGAGCGGUUUCUCGCGGUGGGAGGCCGCUAAAGCACAGCUGGCGACGGCGUCGGCCGGUCUAGUGGGCGCCAUGACGGCGGUCAUAUUCAGUGGAGCCAGAAAUGCUAUUGAGGCGCGAACAUCCUGGAUCGUGCCAUUCACGGCAGGCGGGUUUCUACACAUAGCUCUAGUGACGGUGCUACCGGCGUUACUCCGGGAGAAGGACCCAAAGGCCUCCGCGCAGCAUCUAGCAGCAUUGUUAGCUGGUAUCGCUGUUAUGGCCGCACUUAAUUAUUAUUGCGGGUAGUUGUGAAAAAAUAUCCGGAGCAAGCCAAUUUAGACCGUAUUACUGUAGUAAUUAAGUUCAAAUUUCAAGUAUGGUAUUUUCCCAUUUGCUAUGGAAGAAGAUAUAUAUAGAGCGUCCGCGCAGCAACUCGCAGCGUUGUAACUGGUAUCGCUGUUAUGGCCGCUCUAAGUUCAAAUUUCAAAUGUGGUGCCCAUGUUACUACACAUAGUUCUAGUGACGGUACUACCCGCGUUACUCCGGGAGAAGGACCCUAGGGCCUCCGCGCAGCAUCUCAGGAUAGUUGUAAAGAAACCCGGGUCAAGCAAAUUUCGACUUUAAAACAAUAGUAGUAACUCUAAAAGUACCUGCGGCACUAUUAGCCUGCGUCAUAUUUAAAGCCGCAUUAAAUUUAUUACUGUGGGUAGUAGUGAAAAAAAAUCGGGUCAAGCAAAUUUAGUUCUUGUUACUAUAGUAAUUAAGUUCCAAAUUUGAAAGUGUGAUCAUGAAAAGCGAUAUCUAGUGGCACUUUUGGUCGUUGCAGUGGUAGUCACACAUUUUAUCGGUCAAUAUUAACGUGGCUAGAUGCACAAUUUUUAUGGGUAGACAGAUAUUUAGCAGACCAAUUUUAAACUGCAUAAAAAUCAAUUUCCAUACCAUGUGUAUGGUAUAACCGAAUAUUUGUAAUAUAAAAACAAUAUUAGCCUUAUUAUGCUAAAAAAUAAACGUCCUGUGGACACAAAAAAGUAUUAAAUAAUUAAGUUUAGUUAUAAGUGUAUUGUACUUUGAGAUUUGUAUCAGCGUUGCCAGAUUUUUUGUGUGCCAAGUCGGGACUUUCGAA